UUCCUUUGACCUACUUCUAACUCAUCUUAGAGUAUUAAGAGCCAGCUUAGUUUUUUUGGUUGAAUUCUGUCUAGGAAAUUGGCAGAUGGCUAGCUACAAUGCCGCAAACAUUUUGUGUUGAUUCACUUUGUACUUUUUGGACGUCACAGGCUUUUUAAUAUUUAUCUUAAGUUAUGUUUUACGAUUGAGAUAAGAACGUUCAUUGAUUUCAAAUGAGAGAAGCAAAUGACUGCCUACACUUAAUCAUUUCAAUUAUUUUCAAAAUGUGGUUCUGUGUGUUGGUUUUGACGCUAGCCUGUCUCAACUCUACACAGAGUUGCACAGAGGAGGAGCUAAAAAAUGACCCGGAACGUAGCUGCAACAAAUGUCCAGCAGGCUUUCACAAAGAAACCUCCAAAUGCAGAAAAUGUAUCGGCCAGACAUUCACAGCGAUAGUAAAUGAACUGCCAACUUGUCAUCGCUGUAAAAAAUGUGAUAUAGGAGUAUCUCAAGUGGAGAAGAAAGGUUGUGAGCCCAAGAGUGACAUUGUAUGUGGCUGCAAGGAGGGAUUCUACCCAACGAACCUCAACAAGGACUUGUACUGUGAAUCAUGCUCCAAAUGCAAAAACUGCAGUCUCUGUUCCGUGUGUAAGUCAGACUUUAACAAAGACGAGUUGAAGCGAUGCCAACCAUGCCAAACGAAAGAGUGCACCACAACUUCAACCCCCAAACUCCCAAUACCAACAUCCAACCCCACCAUCAUCAAACAUACAGACACUUCUCACCUCCCCUACACCAUGAUGUAUGUCCUUCUGGUUUUCCUGGUCACCACUCUGUUAAUGGCCUGUCUCCUGGGUGGAUGGAGGAAACUUGGCUGUUACGCAAACCCAGAAAAGGAACUCCAGUUGCCUACCAGGGACACCUCAGCCAAUGAUCAGCUUCAUCAUCAGCCAAACUACCCAACUUCACUGACGCUGAACAUUACUGAAGGGAUUCCCAUGAUGACACUCGCUCACAGUGCUGCCAAGACUGAGUUUAACCCCCUUGUCACACCCCUGCUGCCAGACAGAGAGCCCAGAGUCCCUCGCCAGGACACKCAGGAGGAGCACUGGCCCGCGACGGUGUUAUAUGCCAUCAUCAAGGAGGUGCCUCUGCGGCGCUGGAAGGAGUUCCUGCGCGUGCUCUCCCUGACCGACCAGCAGCUAGAGCGUGUGGAGCUGGAGCCAGGCCUGGGCUCUAUUGAGAGGCAGUACCAGAUGCUGCGGCUGUGGAGCCAGGGCCCGACUGCAAGUCUGGAGGACGUAUACUCGGCCCUGCUCUACAUGGACCUGGCUGGCUGUGCCUACCAGCUGCAGGAUUGUCUGGAGCAGCUGCAGUGGAGAGCCACAACCAAAGACAUCACCACAGUUUCAUAGGACAACUGAGUAGGGAUAGACAUGAGUAUUCGAACAGACGUCAAAAAUCGGUCUUAACCAGAGAUCACAUUGUUUUCAAAUGCUGUGUUGCAACUAAGCGCAAGGCACAUCUCUCUCCAUACUCACUCUCUCGYUUUGUCAAUGUUUAUGAAUUCCCCACAAUGUAUCAAAUGUAUCAGCAGUACUAAAUGUAGGCUACUGUUAUUCAUUGCCACUUCCCCAUUAAUCUAGAAUGUUUGGUUAUGGUCUUUUCUGUUUAUUCAAUGUAUUAAUACUGCAUACUGUUCUCAUUCUGGUAGUGUACACAUAGUUUGGAGAGCUCACAAACUGCGCUGUGAUAACGAAGUUGUGGUUUAUUUAAUUAUACACUGAACAAAAAUAUAAACGCAACAUGCAACAAUU